UGAAGACAUAGCACAUCUAUGGUUCUGACGAGCUGCAAAAAUACUUGAAAGCUUUUGAUUGAAGUAUUCAAUAUUCAUCGCUUCAAAGAAUAUGGUGAAUUUGACAGUGUGAUGUCUGUAGCCUUAGCUUCAUUGUUGCGUAGAGCUCAUAGAAGACUAUUUACCAAGCUUAUCUCUUCAAGGAAUUCCAGUUUAAGUUCUAUGGCAACAGGAGGUCCUGAGCUACCCCAGAGGAACAGACUAGCAAAGGAGAAAUCUCCAUACUUAUUGCAGCAUGCCAGUAAUCCUGUAGACUGGUAUCCAUGGGCGCAAGAAGCUUUUGAUAAAGCAAAGAAAGAGAAUAAACUGAUUUUUCUCUCAGUUGGCUAUUCUACAUGUCAUUGGUGUCAUGUGAUGGAAAGAGAGUCCUUCCAGAAUCCAGACAUUGGAAGUCUUAUGAACCAAAAGUUUGUUUGCAUUAAAGUGGAUCGAGAAGAAAGACCAGAUGUUGAUAAAGUUUAUAUGGCUUUUAUUCAGGCAACUCAAGGUAGUGGUGGUUGGCCAAUGAGCGUGUGGCUAACACCAGAUUUGAAACCAGUAGUUGGUGGAACAUACUUCCCACCAGCUGAUAAAUAUGGUAGACCAGGAUUCCCUACAAUACUGUGUCGCAUUGCAAACAUGUGGAAAGAGAAAGAAGAGCAGAUGUUAUCACAAGGUACAAUGAUAAUAGAUGCAUUAAUGCAGAAUACAACAGUAAAGAAAACUACAGAACAAAACAUACCUGGGUUAGAGUGCGUCCACAGGUGUUAUAACCAGAUGGAAAAUGGAUAUGAUGAACAGUGGGGUGGAUUUGGUCAAGCCCCCAAGUUUCCACAGCCAGUCAAUUUCAAUUAUCUUUUUCGAAUGUAUGCACUUGAAAUGAAGACAGACAGAGGAAAGCGAGCUCUGGAUAUGUCUCUGCAUACACUGAGACUCAUGGCAAAUGGUGGAAUGUAUGAUCACAUCGCACAGGUACAUGACAUGUUUUCUUUCCUAUAA